AUCACUUCGUCCUUUCCUUCACAUCCUAAGGAUACUUCCUCUCUCUCCUCUCUCCCCUACAUGUCUCUUUAUCCUUACCUUGAUCUUGACUCAUCACAGCUGCCUGCCCCAACUCUCUCGCGGCUGAAACUAUCGAAAAUCACCCAAGCGAAAUGAAGAAAAGACCCGAUGGUGCCAAAGGCUACCUCGAAGGGCCUGACCCCUAUCGCACCAAAACCAGAGACGGAAAAACAAUCCUCUGCUUCGCCUGUGGACUCGGGCCUUCCGCCCUCAAAAGACUGCAGAUCAUCGGCUGUGACGCCUGUGAUGCUCACUUCCACCUCGAAUGCUUGAAUCCUCCGCUCGUCACCCUGUCCUCCUUCCCAUCCAAGUGGGUUUGUCCAUUACACAUGGAUAAAACCCUGCCUUGUCGUCAAGCCGCUAAGGAAUCCAACACUAUCCCUAUCAAUACACUCAAUACCCCCAACAACGGUGACAUCGACGUUGUAGUCACUCCUCACAAUCGAACAAAAGCAAAACCCGUGGAGGAAAUCAUUAUCAACCGUGUCAAGUACCAGGUCCCAGAAAAUAUCAUCAUAUUAGACUUCUGGGCUAAACUGAGUAAAGACCAGGAAGUUUCCAAAACAGCAUCCCAAGACCCUCCUCUGACACGCGAUGGUUUGCUUCCUACUCCCACCCACCAAGCCUCUACAUCCGCCUCCGCCUCGCCAAAGGAUACAAGUCUGGCACCAGCAACCAAUACUUCACGAGAGGAUGUCGAAUCCCACCCCUCCUCAACAGAUUCACACGUCCCGUUGGCCUCCUUACCUCCGCCACCGCGUCCCUCCACAAGCACGGCCCUACCGACAGCUCGUUCUGAUUUCUCUUGCCUCUUACAGGCCGCUCAACAAGUCAAUCAAGCACAAACAUCUCAACAACCAACAGAAGGAUUGGCUCUCCUCGGAAAUGCAGCAUCCCUUCAGUCACCAGUCACAUCCACCUUGCGUAGGAUUCACAGGAAAAAAACAAACGGUUUACCUCCUCGCACCCGGACCCGUGGCUCGGCUCGGUUAUCAAAGUCGGCUCCAGCUCCCUCUGAACUACCUGCUGAAAUUCCUGAAAUUGAGACUGCUCAGAGAUUACACACACCUGAAAAUCAGCUUGAAGCUAAAUCAAAAACGUCGCUGCCUAGAUCCUCAGAUCACUCAAGAGAUGUUGCAGCAGCCCCACCUUCAAAUGACACCUCUGCUGCCACCACCACCAAUCAGCCCGUCACGCUUCAAACAUCAGAAGGCAUCAACCGCCCACUCGGCCGAAAGAGAAAGAAGCGCUCCACAGCUAGCACACCGUCAUCUACAGUUCCCACUGAUCAAUUAGCAACUGAAACUAGCUCAAGUACUGUUCAGACUGUCAAUAGCAACGUCGCACAUCCCCCUCUACCUGUGAUAAAUGGAUCCCCUUCGGACAAGACACCCAAGAUUGUUCAGUCUGCCAACCCUGAUAAUACGCGCUCCGAUCUUCCAACGACGAGCUCCAUCGCGGGAUCUGAUAGUAUCGCUUCAAAGGCUCCAAUCACAGAUAGCACUAUCACACCAUUCACUCCGCAAGGAUCCAAGCAUCAAUCCACCCGGUCGGAUUCGGCAUCAGGAGCUGGCUUGGAUAAGCAAAACCAAUCAGGAGAACAACCGACAUCAAAGAGAACGACCGAAGGAGAACAACCGAUUUCCGCACGGACAUCACAGCCAGCAGUUUCAUCAGGGGAACCAAGUUCUUCACGGACAUCACAUCCGGCAGGUAUACCAGUAGAGCCGAAUACAUCACGGACAUCGCAGCCAGCAGGUGUACCAGUAGAACGGAGUUCUUCCCGGACAUCGCAGCCAUCAGUCGUAUCUGGGGAACCGAGGUCCUCCCGGAAGUCACAGCCAGCAGCCUUAUCAACUUCCUCACCAUCAAACAAUCUACAAUUUCCUUCUGUUCCCCCUAUGGCAUCCACGAGUACACCUGCACUGACAUCCAGUACCACACGCCCCCACGCUUCACAGGCUACGAUUGAUGAUCAAAAUCUACAUUCGCAUUACUCACCAGAGUUUACACGUCCCAAUUCUCAGCAGACUGCGAAUUUCACGUUCAAGGGUGGAACAACUGCGCCAUCAAUUGCAAAAACCUCUCCGUUUGAAUCUUCCAACUCAGGGGCAUCAAAUCAUCAGCAAAGGACUCCUUCUGCUCAACUCCCACUAUUCCCUCGCCCUAAAGAAUGCCCAUUGACUUCGACAGUCCCUCACGUUUCGCCUGUCCCAAAACAGAAAGAACCGGUACCGAGCGGAACUGGAAGUGUAACUCGUCCGCCAAGAAAAAGGGCCCGCCAAAACAACCAUGACCCACUUUCCCACUCAUCCAGCUCACCUCAGAUAUCCAAGACUGCCGAAUCGCAAUCUGUCACACCCAAUCUUUCGGCAGCUUCCCAGCCAUUUCCCAACACGUCCAGUAUAUCCUACUCAUCAAGUAUGAAGACUGCCGAAUCCCAAACUAUCGCGCCAAAUGUCCAUACAGUUUCUCAACCAUUCCCCAGCACCUCUAAUACAUCACAAUCAUCAAGCAUGAAGACUACUGAAUCGCAAACUGCCACGCCAAACGUACUUGCAGGUCCCCAACCCUUCCCCAGCAUAUCACGCUCAUCCAUUAAAGGCGCGGACCUAUCAAGCGGCAAGGCCACAGUUACUAGGGGCGAUGUUCCAGGGCGGACGACCAUCAACCGUGGACAAAAACCUGGGAAAGCUCAGAUGAAUAAGAUGGUGACUCCGUCGUUGGCCUCACCAGCGUCUGGCUUGAAAGCGACCGCAAGUGGCUCAGCCAGUGUUGUACAAAUGAAGCAUCGGGAUCCGGCCAUUGCCGAUCCACAUCAUAUGUCAGCAUCAGCCUCCGGUAGCAUGCAUUUGCCUGGGUCAACUGCCAGCCAGGAAACGACGAAGAACAGCCCUCCAGUGAAUGGUUCUGUCUAUGACAAGGCAAAGUCUGCCGAGAAGCAUGUAGCCCCUCAUCUCUUGUCACAAUGCGCUCAGCAACCAGUCAGACUGUCCAAUGACGCUGGUAGCCCUUCAUGCAAUACUUCACUUUCCAGCUCAACAUCGACGACCAAAAUGAAACGCAAGAAAUCGGCCAAAAAUCCAAGCCCUCCGUCACAUCUUGUAUCCAAUGACCAAAGAAGAACGGCCGAGAAAGGGCAACACGAUGAUUUAGAAAAGUCGAUGUCCGCCGUGCCACAAGACACUUCCCCAGAAGCUACGCGUGCCAUCCCGCUUGACCCUCGUUUAAGCGCCCCGGUAGCCAACUAUGAAAUCCCCACGACGUCCAACCCACCGUCUAGGCCGGGCGAUUCUAUGGAUAGUACGGCAACUUUAAGUGCCAAGAUCUCAAUCGCUCUUGCUAAAUUUGAGAAUGAGCAGAGCAAAUUAUCUGUCUCACCGGUGGCUGCGAAGCCCCCGCCGCGCAAAAAGGUCAAGAGGAAGAGUGCACCAGCUACUGGUAGUACGUUCCCAAGCACCGAUGCUCACCCCAUGGCUCGCGGGACCCCUCCGAUCGGAAGCUCGGUAUCAUCGCUGGGUCAAUCUAUUCAACGUCCGGUUACCGCCACCUUCGUUCCACACCCACAAAACCCUCUGAGCCUGGUCCCCCAGCCUCAGCGGGUAGCCACCUCGAUGGCCCAACCGCAUACCUUCGCGUUUGUUCCGCAUCCACAACACGGUCCAACCGUCUUUUCAGGAUCAGAACAUCAUCAGCUUUCAUAUGUACCCCACCCGCAAUACCCAGCAGGAACAGCGCUCAAGUCUAGCUCGCCAUCGCUCGUCCUCGGUAGCCGAAACCAUUCUCGCGAAGGCUCGAGCACUCAGAACCAGCCCCGGCGGGGAAGCCUGACUGUACAUGGCUCCAGUCCUCCCCUCCUACCUUCAGCCGGCUCCCCAACCGUGGUCAGUCGCCCCUCUUCGGCAGUCGGAAAUCCUCCUAUGACCAAUCCACGUGAUCAUAAUGUAUUCAUUCCUUUGCCACUCACUAAGCCUGUUAAGACUACCCCCGACCCUUCCUCUUGGAAAUAACAUCCUCUAUCGGACUUCCUCCUUUUGACUUGUUCCGUUUUUUUGUCUAGUCCCUUCUCUUCUUCCUUUUACUUCUUCUUCUUUUUUUUCUUUUAACUAUUAUUACUACAUACUUUUUUUUUUCUUCGUUCUUUCUUCUUCUUCUUGCUCUUGUUUUGUCGAUCGUCGGCGCUUGUUUCAAUACAUACACUCACAUAUAUAUAUAUAUAUAUAUUCAAUUGCUACACACACGUAUAUAUAUAUACUAUAUAGGUAUAUACAUGGUUCAGACUACUUACUUAGUCCCCCAAAUCAAUUUCGCAGGACACAAAACACCAGAUCGCGUUUCUUUGAUUGUUUAUCUGUGUGUGUGUGUGUUAUCGUUGUCCAAAUCAGGUGUUCACAUGUAAGAAAAAA